GUCUAACUUUAACGACAUGACUCCAAAUCAUUUUUUUAUUUUAUUUUUUACUAUUAUUCAACUACCUAGGUGGUUUAGUUAUUUGUUUCAGUGAAUCAAUAUAGGUCCUAACAUAUACUAGCUUUGAGAACUUCGAUCGAAGAAGUCAAGAAAGAAGAAGGCAAGACGAUGGCAGAAAUCGCAGCAGGUGCAGUGGCGGCCGAGGAGGUCGUCUCCACGGGUGUCUAUGCCGGGGCAGCCGGUCACGCCGUGACGAAACCAACCAUGCCUCUCAGGGCUACAUUCACGCAGAUGGGCUCUACGUCAGACCAUACCUCGUCGUCUUCGCUUAUCAGAUCCUACCACACACUCACCAUUCUGGGCGACAAGGCUUACAUUUUUGGUGGCCGAACGAGCCAAGGUGUGCUUGCCACUAACGAUAUCCAUUCUUUAGCCUUGCCAGCUGCAAGUACUUCUACCCCUGACUAUCAGAUGCUACCAGCUAUUGCCGCUGAACAAGAUGGUCUGGUACCUUGGCCACGAACAAACCAUUCAGCUUGCGCCGUGAAUACCCAUCUUGCUAUAUAUGGAGGUUGUGACGAAACCGGUAACGUUUUGGAUGAGGGAGCCAGAGUUUGGUUAUAUGAUACCGAGAACUUUUACUGGGAAAGCGUCGAGAAUGUUGCCCAUCCUGAGAGGGUGCCCCCUCCACGAAGUAACGCAAGCUUGUUUGCACAUGACGGAAACCUCAUCCUACUAGGCGGAAACGACUCUGCAGGUGGACCUCUUGCGGAUGUCUGGCAUUUCAAUUCCUCUGCCAAAACCUGGAAUCAACUACCACACGCUCCUACUGUCAUAUCAAGCGCUGCACUUGUAGGGGAUACAGUAUAUGGAAUCUCUAGCUCUGGUGGUCUAAGUAGCGAGGUCCAUCGUCUGGAGGUUGAUUUGUAUGCCGAGAAUCCGCCGUCAUGGAAAACCAUCUCCUUCCCUACGAACCCUCUGACACCUGGGCCUCGACAAAGAUCGAAUGGUGGGUUGAUACCUGUUACAACCGGCUACGGUCGAAAGUAUCUCCUCUAUUUCUUCGGAAAUCGUACGGGCACGACUGAGCGCGGCGACAUAUCCCUAUGGAGUGACUUGUGGACUUUCCAACUCCCAUCCGGCGACUCGAAAAUCCGACGGAGAUCCAGUGUGAUGGACGCGAUCAGGCCUGCCAAGAUUAAGGACCAGAUUCGCUCGAAGUUCGGUGUUGAUACGGGCGGCUUGAGUUGGGCUGAGGUGGAGGUACAGCCACCAGGUGAUCUCCAACAACACGAGGGCAAGGUACAUCCCGGACCACGAAGUUCGUUCGGUUACGAUGUGACUGCUGAUGGUCGGAGUGUGGUAAUGUGGGGUGGUAAUGAUCCAGCAGGAGAACCCGAAGGCGACGGAUGGAUUAUUGGGUUGUCAUAAAGGGGUCACCGGGCUUAUUAUCAGUUCCCUAGGGAUCAAGAUGACUGGGGCAAUGGGGCAUGUAUUCAUUCACCUUAUAAUAUCAAUACUAUUGUGCGUCUUGAGCCACCCUCCAAAGUAAGGUCAAGUGAUGCCAUUGGUGCUUCUAUCUCGUUGGAGAACUAGGGGAAAUCAAUAAAGCGGG